CCAUACAGGAAGACGGGCUUCAGACACGCGAGAGAUCGCGAGCAGGUCCGGGUUCCCAGCACUGGCCGACAAGUCCCACGGACAUCCCGACAGGAUGGGGCUGCAGUCCAGCUUGUGAAAGCCUCAGAUCGCUAAACCCCGGCCCCGCGAAGAGGGGCGUCUCUCGAAGACAACGAGCGGCCUUCUGCCGUGUGUAAAACCCCCAAAAACUUUUUUUUAGUAAAAAAGCAUUUUACUAAACGUGUUUGGCUCAGGUCUUCUGCCAUUAAAGUAUCGACGACGACGACGACGUUAGCUAGCAUCGUCAGACUCGGGGCGAUGGAAAACUGCCAGUUUCCCGUUUUCUUUGAGGUCUCGCACCUCGACGAGAAAACGAAGGAGAAGCUUGAAAAUUAUUUUAAAAUCCGGAGGAAGUCCGGAGGAGGAGAAUGUGGGAAGAUAGACCACACUGGGGGCAACGUGUACAAGAUUUGCUUCCAGAAACGAGAAGACCAGGAAAGGGUUCUGCAGAAGAAAGACCACGUUGUAGAAACGUCCUCGGGACCCAUUACUCUCCUGGUGAGGAGCCCAGAGGGUCCGCCUGCCAGUCCUUUGAAAACACCCCCUGCCUCUCCGUCUUCGGCAAACCAGCAGAGCUCUAUACCUCAGUCUCCUUUGUCUGCUGCGGCCACCGUUCACCCAACUAGCUAUCCUGGACACCCUGCUUCCCCGGGGAAGGUCCUACAGCUGGACCAUUAUCUCCUGCGCUAUCUCCAAGAGUGUCCCCAAGCCGGUGAGGACUUGAAGGAUCUGCUCUCCGCCCUCUCCUGCUCCGUGCGGCUAAUCCCGGAGGCGGAGGAGGCAGUGGUGACUUUAGAAGGAAGUGCCUGGUCGGUACAGUGGGAGGCACAGGUGGAUGAGGUGUUCAGAGGCAUACAAAGGAAAUACCCCUGUCACUACGAACCCGAUCUGACCAAGCAGCAGAUCCUGAAGAAACACGCAUUCCUGACGUCCAGUGGGGUCUGUGUCUACUCGGAGCCGAGCCAGGGCUUCGUGGUGAUAGUGGGCCAGCAGAGAGACGUGGAGGAGCGGUUGAAGGUACUGGAUGGGAUUACGGAGAGGGAGAAGGGACGGAAGGGACAGAGCACAAAAUGCAGAAUUCCUGGCGUUGGAUACAAUCUCAUACGGGAUUCUUUGGAGCGGGAACUGAGGGCAGAGUUCCCCAACCUAAAUGUUUAUAAGGAAGAUAUGUCCAGCCUGACACUUGAAGGAUCCCAUAUGGAUAUUCAGGCAGCACGGUCCAAACUGAAGGAAAGGCUUGGGAGAAUCCAGGAGCGGGUGGUCACUUUGCCACGCCCACUGAUUUCUUUCCUGAAAGACACCGGAGGCGUGGACGAAUUCACUGCCAGUUUCUUCAACACAUUGAGGAGCCAAGUCAUCAUGGACGUUGACCUGGACCUCAAGAUCUUCAGUCUGUCCCGGGAAGCUCUUGAUGGGGCUGAGAAGAUCAUCCGUAGGGAACUGCAGGUAGAGGACGUGGUGCUCGGGGGAGAAUUAACCUCCGCUUCCCGUGUUGAGAAGCUGCGAGCAUCUUUAGACAGAAUCCGCAUGCGCCUGAACCAGGGAAGGAGAAGAGUGCAGUUCCAGUUUGUCCAAGGUGCUAGUGAAGGAACACUCUGCAUCCAGAUCUGGGGGUUCAAAGAUGAAGUGGGUAGGCUGGGAGAAGAGGUCAAGAGGUACAUGACAGAUGAGGAAACAACCAUAGAGGCUGUUGAGCUGCCAGACUCUGGGAUGGUUGACUUCUUCUUUGACGUGCUAGAUCUCAUCAGUGUGCCGCAUGAAGGGGUGGAACUUGCAACAGUGUCCUCCCCUGCACCUGCGGUCCAGCUCAAGGGACCUCAUCACCUCGUGAUGGCGCUCAAGGGCUCCCUGAAGAAGGCGCUGGAUGCUUUGGUGUGGGAGGUGCUGACCAUCAACAAACCAGGAGCUUUUAAGUACUUCCAAGAUGUGGGAAACGCCUACCUGACCAUGGUGGGCAAAUUGCAUCACUGCCUCAUCAGGCCCAGUCAGCCCGGGCAGGUUACAGCUGCAGAUCCAGCACAGGCUGCUUCUCAGGGAGUCUGGUGCAGCUUCCGUCUGGAAGGGGGGCUCACUCUCAUGGUCCGCCUAGGGGAUAUCACCAUGGAGAAAGUCGAUGCCAUUGUGAAUGCAGCCAAUGAAGAUUUGGACCAUUGUGGAGGGAUAGCUUUAGUCAUCAGCAAUGCCGGAGGGCCAUCCAUACAGAAGGAGAGCAAGGAAUGGGUGAAGCGAAAUGGGAAGCUGCCCACUGGGAAGGCCGUGGAGACAUCCGCGGGCUCCUUGCCCUUCAAGAUGGUCAUCCAUGCUGUGGGUCCCAUGUGGCAUGGCCGCCAGGGUGUCGAUGGAGUCCGAAGGCUCCUGGAUGGUGCUGUAAGAGAGUCCCUGGAGAUUGCAGAGCGGGGGGGCUGCCGGUCCUUGGCCAUACCCUGCCUGAGCUCAGGGAUCUUCGGUGUCCCCGUGGACAUCUGCGCCCAAACCAUUGUGGAGGCAGUGAGGAAUUUCGCCAGGAUGUCCCGCACACUCCAGGCCGUGACCUUGGUGGACACCAACAGGGACACUGUGAGCGAAUUUCAGGCAGCCUGCGGAAGGGUGCUGGGUGGAGUGGUGGGACUGCCAGUGACUUUGGAGAAUUCAGGAGCAUCUGGAAGCGAAGUUUUGCAAACGACCUCCUCACCAGUUCCCAGGAAUUCCAGCAUCCAAGUGGACAUCAUGCAGGGGAGCAUUGAGAGCCAGCAGACAGAUGUUGUGGUUUCACCAAUGAGGGACCAGGACCUAAUGUCCACCAGAGUGGGACAGUGCUUAGCUGGAAAGUCUGGAGAUCAGCUCAAUAACAAGUUUUCUCAAGCUGUCCGGCAGAGGAGAUUAGUCCCUGGAGACGUACUUCCGGUGGACGGGGUCUCUGGUCUGGCAGUCAAGCACGUCUUCUUCAUUGAAUGUCUGAAGUGGGAUGGUUCCCAUGAUGGCAGAGCUAUGGAGGCUCUUCGCAGAGGGUUAAGGUGUGCUCUGGAGAGGUGUGAGACGCAAGGUCUGAGCUCCAUCACCUUCCCAGUGAUUGGUCCUGGGGUGGCUCUGGGGUUUUCUCAUUCAGUGGCAGCCCACACUCUGCUGGAGGAGAUCGGACACUUCGAGCAGGAUCGACUAACCCAUUCAGUUUCCCAUGUCCGGAUCAUCAUUCACCCCAGCGACAAGGUCUCCUCUGUGGCAUUUCAAGAAGCUCAGCAGAGAGUGAGAUUAAGGGGUCUACAGAUGGCCCUACAGCCAGUGCAGACCACCUUCUACCACUCCCUCAGCUUGGGUCAGGAUGACGUCUCGGUCAUGGUGGGUGGGGUGAGGAUGCAGAUUGUCUUUGGGGACAUCGUGAAGGAGGCUGUGGAUGUCAUAGUCAACUCCACCGACUUCUCAUCGAACUCCGCAGGUGUCUCCAGAGCUAUUUUGUCUGCUGCCGGUGCCACGGUUCAGGCAGAGUUAGCAAGAGUCACGUCGCCCCCUGAUGGAAUCUUCACUACUCAGCCAGGCAACCUGCGGUGCAAGACGAUCGCUCACGUCUGCGGGAAAAACAGCCUGGAGGAGAUCCGGAAGCUGUCCGGCAAGAUCCUGAAGCUGUGUGAACAGCGGGCUUUCAAGUCAGUGGCCUUCCCUGCUAUUGGCACCGGUGUGGCGGGAAUGGAUCCCAAGGCAGUGUCCAAGUCCAUGAUCGACGGGAUCUCUUCCGCUGUGCGAGACGGAUCCUUUCAGAACCUCUCGACGGUGCGUUUAGUCCUUCUGCAGAGGAACGUCUUUGAAGCCUUCAAGUCAGAGGCCGAGAGCCGCUUGGGCAAAGCAGCUCCCCAGCCCACAUUCAUAGAAUAUGGAAAAAAACUGAUAAAACAGGUUAAAAACCGAGGAGAGCAGCCUUCCAAGAUGGCGUUCAAGGGAGGGAAGAGCAGCAUGGCGUUCUGCACUCCCGAGAAGCAGUUCCCUGCGGCUGUUUUUGACAUCAUUGGGCAGAAGAAGGAGGAUGUGAAGAAAGCCAAGGAGCAGCUGGAAUCCAUCUUCCAGAAGCAAUUCUGCGAGAAAGAAAUAGAUGAGGAAGAAGUGGGCAGGCUGGGCGAGGAGGAAAUCCCGCACAUCUUGGAUCGAGCCAUCAGCAAGGGGGUCACAAUCCGACGUGGGAAAUUUGGGAAGUUCAUCCUGCAAGGUCUGAAGGACAUGGUGAUGGACAUCUUCCAUGUCAUGCAUGUAGCCUCUAACAAGUCCCUGGCAAAACAACUGGAGGAGAGGCAGCAGGCAUUACUUGCUCAGAUUGUACUGUGGCAGUAUAACAUGACCAAUAACUGGGAGAAUUUUGACAAGGAAGCCAACUACCUCCUGGAGAUGGGUCACCAGAAGAAAGCAGCCACUGUUGAUGUUAGCGACAAGGAUGGGACUCCUCUCCGAGUUGACCUCAAAACAAAAACGGCAGAAAAGCUGCAGAGCUCCCAGACCGUACAAGUCAGGAGGAGAGAGCUCAGGUCAGAUUUCUGCUUUCCAGAAUACUGGGAUAAUAUGGCUGAAGGAGAGAUACUAAAGAAAGUCGUCCUUCAGGUCAACUCUUCAGAGUACCAAGAAAUCGCACAUCUCUUUAACAAGACAUCAAGACAGAAAGCCAUACACACUAUUGAAAGAGUGCAGAAUGUGCAUCUCCGCCGGGCGUACUGGGUGAAAGAGCAGCACCUGAGGGAGAAAAACAGUCCGAACGAGGUCGGGGAGAAGAUGCUGUUUCACGGAACUGCAUAUAAUGCCUGUGACUCCAUUGAGAAGGGCGGCUUCAACAGGAGCUUUUCAGGACAGCAUGCCACGGCUUUCGGAGCCGGCGUCUACUUUGCUGUGAACUCCUCCUACUCUGCCAACCCAACCUACUCCAGCCCGGACCCGAAUGGUUUCCAGCGCAUGUACGUAGCCCGGGUCCUGACUGGACGGUACACGCUAGGGAAGAGCAACAUGAGAGUCCCCCCUGCGCGCUCCUCUGCUGACCCCAACGACCGCUUUGACAGCGUGGUGGACAAUCCCCAGAACCCUUCGAUGUUUGUCACGUUCCAUGAUGACCAGGCCUACCCAGACUACCUCAUCACCUUCCGCUGAUGCCUCCAGGCCCUGUACGUACACAGGUGGUUGAGGGUUAAGGCUCCUUCUGCAAGACAGGCAUAGCCCUCGUAAAGCUUGUUGUGUCUAUCUUUUUAGUCAAUUUAAAACCAAUCUUUUUUUACUUAUCCAGUCUGGCUUUUUCUAUCUCGGCUUAGAGCUACGUAACCCUCCAACCGCACACUGGGACAGGAAGAGGAAGUUUAGGCGAACUCCUCUGACCCCACUCGUCUUUUAACAUUACCCAGGCAGGGUCAGUGCAGACUGGUGGAGAUGUGCGUCCCUCACAGACUACACCACAUGCCUGCAAGGACCUGGGAGGCCAUAGGGGGGGGCUGUAUCCCCAAGACACCCCUGAUAGAUUAAACACGCCCUGCUCUCGCCAGCACUCAGACAAAUGUGGGGAAUAUGACUACAGUCGACUAGUUGACAUAAUCCGCGCUGAUAGGUUAAGUAGAGUGGAGAGAAAUUCACAAUUUGCAAUCAUGACUCCAGAGCCCCCUCUCACCCCCCUGCAGUCCAUCAUCACCCUCGCAGUAGCCAUUUUGCUCAUCACCAAUGAAGGGAUCUCCUACAAUGUCACUCUGUCGCACACUGUCAUAUGGUAUAUAUGCAAAUCUGAAUGUAGUAUAUAUCUUUCUCUGGGUGUAAUUGAGAGGUAUGUGUGUUAAUUGGGGAGCAGCCUGACUUAAACUACAGAUUUUGACCGAGAAUCGGUCCUGGAGAGCUACAGUACAACAGGACAGAAAUGUAGAGUCACAUAAUAUCGUGUCAGAGUGGCCGAUCUUCUGCUGAUCUACAUGCAGGCUGGCACGGCAGCAAUUGAAUGUCCUCCUGAAAUAAUCAGCUAAUGUCACCGUCUCGGACAUGAUGUUCAUACUCCGGUUUCCAAGGUGGCUGAGAUAAGGCGUAAAAUCAGCGCACUUGAUCGUUUCAAACAGCUCAAAACAGCUGGAUAAUAACACAUAUACUCUUCAAAGAACCUGCUGCAGGCAACCAGUUAGCUCAGUUGCUUAGAGUUGGGUACUAAUAAUACCAAGGUUGCGAGUUUGAACUCUGUAUGAUAAUUAUUAAUAAUUAUAAUUAUUAUAACUCUGUAUGGGCCCGUUGUCUGAUUUGCUUUUCAAGAUCUCUUUGUGUUACUUCUCUGACGUUGAAGUUAUAUUUUAUGACACUUAUGGUUUUGUUCAUCAUUCUGAUUUUGAACAUACCGCGGGGGUGGAGUCAGACUGGCUGAAUGUCCUUACUAAGACCAUGUGACAAUCGUUUCACUAACGUUCUGAAACAAUGUUCACAAAGUUCACAAUGCUGUCUUGAGAACAAAAAACAUAGUCAAGUAUAUAACGUGCGGGUUGUCUCUGAUCUUACUGAAACACGAAGGCAAUUUGUUUUCCACUUUAUUUUGGGAAAUUGGUAAAAACGCAGAAUUAUUUAAUUUCGGGUGAAAGUUUAAAUAAAGACAACAUGUUUGGAAAA